AUGACACAGACCAAAACUUCCCCAACCUCUUCUACUACCGUGAAGCGUUUCCCUCAUAUCCAUGAUGACCCGGCAACCUUGCCGAAGUCCUUGGACCCCUUCACUAUCACCACGUCCACGGGCUUCUUGCCCUUCAUAAUGUCCCCUACCCAACUGCCUGAUGCCUUCCAACCUUUGGCGUCCUUGCUUGAGCGGCUUCCUGUGGAGAAGCUUGAUGGUACCCCUGGUCUUCUGGCUACUUAUGAACUGGGUCCUGCCGUCCAGGAGCUUCCUGAUCUCACCGCCGAAGUUGACAAGCUGGUCACUGCUGAUGGCUCCCCAGAUCUCUAUGCUGUCACUGCUGUCUUCCGUGAUUACUCCUUCCUGGCAUCUUCUUACCUUCUUGAGCCAUGCUGGGAGAAUUGGUCCAAGAAUCCUGACAAGGGGUAUGGCUUGGGACGUGACGUACUUCCUAGGGCUGUAGCUUGUCCUAUGUAUCGUUGUGCUCAACUCUUGGAUAUCCCACCCUUCAUGUCCUAUGCUGCCGCAUACUCUCUCUUCAACUACACCCUUGCUGAUCCAAAGAAGGGUCUAGUAUAUGACAACCUCCGUCUUGUCCGGGCCUUUGAACAUGGUCUGAACCCGAAGUCCUCCGAGGCUGGGUUCAUCCUGACUCAUAUCGACAUGGUCAAGGAGUCCAAUGGUCUGAUUAGCGGAGCCCUGAAGGUCGUCGACACCAUUGAACAAGGCGGUUCCCGCACCGAAGUCAACGACGGCUUUAGAGAGAUUCUAUCGUCCAUGGAGAAGAUCGAAGCUGCAUGGAAGCCCAGCGAGUACCUCUCCUUCCGGGUCUUCAUUUUCGGAAUCACCAACCAGUCCAUGUUCCCGAACGGCGUGAUCUACGACGGCGUCCUCGAGAACAAGCCACUCAACUUCCGUGGCGAAAGCGGCGCCAACGACAGCAUUAUCCCCCUCCUCGAUCACCUCUGCCAGAUCCCCAUGCCGUCCACCCCACUCACGAAGAUUCUACACGAGUUCCGCGCCUAUCGCCCCCUCCCCCACCGCGAGUUCCUCGCCUACAUGAACUCCAAGGCCGCGGAGGUCGGCGUCCGCGACUUCGUAGUUAAGGAUACUGAGACCGCCAUCCUCUUCUUGAAGACUCUGAACCAUGUGCGGAGCUUCCGCUGGCGUCAUUGGCUCUUUGCCCGCGAGUAUAUCAUUCGUCGUACCCCUCAUCCCACUGCUACCGGUGGUAGCCCUAUUGUUACGUGGCUUCCUAACCAGCUCUCGGCUGUUAUGGAUAUGAUGAUCUCGAUCUAUGAUACCUAUCUUGCUCCGCAGAAGGAGCCGGAGUAUUCGGCCAAUGGCCUGACUGGGUAUGAUGCCUCUUUCCAGAAACAGGUUGAGCCGAUGAUGGAGAUGGUGCGUGAUCAGAAGGAUAAGCUAGCCAAGGAGGUUGAGAAGUGGUGCCAGGAGAGGGGGAAUGGCUUCUGA